GAUGCUUGUUAUGAAACCUACGUCAUCAUUCCGCGCCAUCACAAAUCGUGGAAGAAGCAGGAGUAGUGUGAAGGUUGGACUGCUGUGCUUUGAUCAAACAUGGGUGUGAAAAUAGAAAUAUUCAGAAUGAUGCUGUACUUGUCCUUCCCCGUUGCUAUGUUCUGGGUAUCAAACCAGGCUGAGUAUUUUGAGGAGUACAUUGUGAAAAGAAAGAGGGAAAUCUUCCCACCAGAUGAGAAGAUGCAUAGGCAAGAGCUUGAGAACUUCAAGGAGAAAAUGCGGGAGAGAAAAGAGCAGCGGAUCUUGAAACAGAUGGGUAUGGAGGAAUGAGUCGGCAAAAUCAUCAAAGACUAAAGACUAUUUCCUUUUGGGACCUUGGGUGCCUAAAGCCCAGAACAAGGCAAGGAAUCUGAGAAGAUUCUGGAAUGCUGUUGCAGAAUGAUUGCAGAGUCUGUGGUACAGGACGGUGAGAGCGUGGAGAUUUCCUGGGUUGGACGGUGAAGAAUUUCUUAUCCUCUGGACUUACUUUGCUUUUUUUUUCAGUUUGAUUUUUAAACAUUGCCUAUACCCACAUCUUCCAUACUGGUCUCAUUGACACUGCAUUAUUUAUUUUCUGUGAAUCAAAUCAUAUUUGUAUAUAUGCAUAUGUUUCUCUAAUUUAAGAAAAAUAGUGCAUUGGCAUUGCAUUAUUGCCUUGUCUGAAAAGAAACCUUUUUUGUAAUUUACUUGGACUACACCCAAUGGAAAACACACACACACACACACACACACACACACACACACACACACACACACACACACACACACACACACACACACACACUUAUUGCUGAAUCUUCAGGUGAACAAAUAUUUGCUGGGAAGAAAGCUUGGCUUGCAAGCAGAAUCUAUUACAUAAUGCAUCAAAGAGUACAAUAUGAGUAAUUUGUAACAACUGUAUUAGCAGAUGUCAUAUGAUUUGUAAAAAUCACUGUUUAAUUGUUUUAUGUCAGCUAUUAUGGUCAUUUCACAGGAAUAUGUAUGUGACUUUACCUAAUAAAAUAAACAAUGUUUUUUCAAAUCA